GACCAAAUCCCAAUCAUCAUUUUCACCACGUCGCGCCUAGAAUUUUUUUUUCCUUUUUAAUCAGAUUACACGUAACCUCCUUCGAAGUUCCCAGCCAUGGCCGAAGCUUCUAGAACCUUCCACGCUACCCUCUUCUCCCUUCCAACUUUCUCUCCGCGACUCCACUUCAAGCUAAGCUACUCUCACAGUCACCCUUCACUUCAUCUCAAGAGAGCACGCUCGGUUCAACGCUCAAUUUCCGAAACCAAAACGAUGUCGUCGGACACGACCCUGCCUUGGGGCUGCGACAUUGAUUCCUUGGAGAAUGCUGAGGCUCUUCAAAAAUGGUUGUCGGAUUCCGGCUUGCCUCCUCAAAAGGUGGGGAUAAACAAAGUGGAAAUGGGAAAGAGAGGAUUGGUUGCUUUGAAGAAAAUCAACAGGGGCGAGAAGCUUCUCUUUGUGCCUCCCUCGCUUCUCAUCACUUCAGAUUCAGAUUGGAGUUCACCUGAGGUUGGUCACGUAUUAAAACAGCAUAAUGUUGCAGAUUUGCCAUUGUUAGCAACCUAUCUUAUUAGUGAAGCAAAUCUCCAGAAAUCUUCCAGAUGGAGCAAUUAUAUAUCUUCCUUACCUCGACAACCCUAUUCUCUUUUAUACUGGACACGAUCAGAACUAGACAGGUAUCUCAAAGCAUCGCAGAUAAGGCUUCGGGCUAUUGAAAGAAUUGCUGAUAUUACUGGAACAUUCGAUGAUUUAAGACGUAGGAUACUUUCCAAGCAUCCUCAUUUAUUCCCUAAAGAGAUAUUCAAUUUGGUGACUUUCAGAUGGUCUUUUGGCAUUCUCUUAUCACGAUUGAUAUACCUAUCUUCAAUGGAUGGAAAGGUUGCCUUGGUUCCUUGGGCAGAUAUGCUCAACCAUAGCUGUGAGGUGGAAACAUAUUUGAAUUAUGACAAAUCAUCACAGGCAGUUGUCUUUACAACUGAUCGGGCAUAUCAGUCAGGUGAGCAGGUUUUCAUAUCAUAUGGCAAAAAAUCUAAUGCAGAGCUGCUGUUAUCUUAUGGAUUUGUUCCAAAAGAGGGCACAAAUCUUAAUGAUUCAGUAGAGCUACCUCUAUCCCUUAAAAUAUCUGACAAAUGUUAUAAGCAGAAAUUGAAAGCUUUGAAGAAGCAUGGAUUGUCUGCCAGUUCUCAGUGUUAUACUAUACAAAUCAGUGGUUGGCCAUUGGAGUUAAUGGCAUAUGCUUACCUAACAGUCAGCCCUCCAAGCAUGAGCAAGCAGUUUGAGGAGAUGGCUGCUAUGGCAUCCAAUGAAUCUAUUAUCAGGAAGGAUUUAAGAUACCCUGAAAUUGAAGAAAAAGCACUGCAAUUUAUUCUUGACAAUUGUGAAUCAAGCAUAUCAAAGUAUUCUAAAUUCUUGAAGGAAAGUGGCUCCAUGGAUUUGGAUAUAACAUCUCAAGAACUACAGAAUCGAGGAGUGUUUCUGAAACAGCUAGCAGUAGAUUUAUGCAUAAGUGAGCAGAAAAUACUACAUCGUGCUCAAUAUAUACUGAAGAGGAGAUUGAGGGAUAUGAGAAGUGGUGAACUGAGAGCUUAAUCUUUUGAUGGCUACAACCUUUUCCCCCUCUACCUUCGCCAGUGACGAAACUUGAACUUAGAAACGCAUUUUUGGACCGUCUCUUUGGCGUCUUUGGAGGACUUAGUGUUCGCUGGUAAAGCCUUCUUCAUGAUCCUGCUUACGUUUGCAAUGUCCCCCGAUUCAUCUGCCAUCGAAAGAGAACAAAUCGUGGACAAUUUUUCUGUUAAUUAGCGGAGAAUGUGGGUUUGGUGAGAAUUUGUGGGUUUGAUGAGGGUAGAAAAGGGAUUUAACAAUGAUGGUGGUUCUGGUCAAAUUCUGUGAGGGAAAUGGAGCCGUUGUUAAGGUCCAUUGGAUCGAUGAUAUAGUCUCCAAAAUUUAGAUUUGUAUUCUCUUUUUAUAAGUGCAAUCUAUCUUUAUUAUUUUACCCAAUAA